AUGUAUGAAGUAUACUAUUUGGAUAAAAAUGAGGAAUUUCAAAAAACAACAGAACAUGAAAACAUUGAAAGCCCAUUAAUUCUUAAAAAUUGUCAAGUUUCAUUAAAAAAAAAAAAAAAAGUAGUUAAGAAAAACAUUUAUGAGGGAGGAUAUACCAUAUGGGAAUGUACAUGGGAAAUGCUAAGGUUCUUUUAUAAAGAAGAAAUAGAUUUCAAAAAUAUGAACAUUUUAGAGUUAGGAUGUGCACAUGGGCUCGUUGGAAUAAACGCUCUUCAAAAUAAAGCGAGUGUUGUUUUUCAAGAAUUAAACAAAAGGGUAAUUGAUGAUGUAUUAUUACCAAAUAUAAGCAAAAAUUUAGAUAUAAAAUUAAAAAAAAACAAACUUAAAAAAAAAUAUAUGAAAAUAAACGAAAAAGACAUAAAAUGCUUUGUUAUUAAUAAACCAUGGAAUAAAUUAAACAAGAAAUUAAGAACUAAAGAAUUAAAACCAUUUGAUUAUAUUAUAGGGAAUGAAAUAUUAUACAGAAAAGAAAAUUAUUAUAGUAUUGUAAAAAUUAUAAAAUUAAAUCUAAAGCCGAACGGGAAAGCAUACUUUGGAGCAAAGUCUUAUUAUUUUGGCUUUGAAGAUGGAGCUGGGUCAAUCAGUUUUUUGGACUAUAUAAAUAAUAAUAAAGAUUUAAAUCUUGUUGCCAAAAUAGUUCAUACAAGUACAGGUAAAUCUAUUUAUUCUAAGGACGUUAUAGAAAUAUCUUUUUUGAAUAAAGAAUAA